GCGCCCCGGAAUCCUGCGGCGGUCGGACGCGCGCGGGGUCCCCGCCAGCGCCGCGCGGGGGCGCUGCCGCCUCUCCGGUCGCGGCGCGCUGCUGGCGGUCCCCGCGGCUGGAAUCGCCGUCUGCAAGAUGUCGCUGCGGCCGGGGACCGGUCUCGCCUGGCUGCUGUGCUGCGGCGCCCUCCUGGCCCCGGCUGCGGGCUACGUGAUCGUCAGCUCGGUGUCCUGGGCCGUCACCAACGAGGUGGACGAGGACCUGGACAGCGCGUCCACCGAGGAGGCGCUGCCCGCGCUGCUGGAGGACCCGGGCAGCAUCUGGCAGCGGCGCUUCCCGGCCUCGGCGCACAAGGAGGACGCGCACCUGCCCGCCGCCCCGGCCAGCGCCGCCCGCGCCCGGCCGCGCCCCGCGCCUCCGGGGAUGUUCUCGUACGCGCGCGACAGCGGCCCCCGGCCGCGCCCCGGUACCGCGCGCUUCCUGGCCCACACCAGCGCCUGGGGCUGCCUGGCCACCGUCUCGGCGCUCCACAAGAUGCCAGGACUACCGUUUGGGAGUUGCCAGCCCAUGAGUGAUGGUCCCUUGAACAACAGCACUGGAAUUCCUUUCUUCUAUGUGACACUCAAGGAUCCUGCAGUGGCCGCCCUGAUGAAGAACCCCAUGGCCUCGCUUCUGCUGCCAGAAUCAGAAGGAGAAUUCUGCAGAAAAUCUAUUGUCGACCCAGAAGACCCUCGGUGUGCCCGGUUGACCCUUACUGGCCAGAUGGUGAUUGUGCCACUGGAAGAAGUAGAAUUUGCCAAGCAAGCAAUGUUUUCAAGACACCCAGUGAUGAGGAAGUGGCCUCGGCAGUAUGAGUGGUUCUUCAUGAAGAUGCAGGUGGCGCGUGUCUGGCUUCAGAGAUGGUACGGAGAAGUUUCUGACAUUCCAAGGGAGGAAUAUUUCAAAGCUGUGCCCAGAAAAGCCUGAUGGAACAAAGUCCUCGAUGUUUGCAGGAGUGAAGCCUGUUCUGUGAGGCCACCAGAGAGCUCUCAAUGUAGGGCUCAAGCCGCUCAUCAUCCUGGCAGCAUGGAACAGAGGGUGACCCAGGAGCUCUGUGCAAACAGGAGAUCAAGUGACAGGUCACAAAUCCCUGUUCACACAGAUCUCUGUCUCCGCCAGACUCAUCAUCCUGGGAGCACCUGUCCAGUU